AUGAAAUACUGGGCCCUAAUUGCAGUAUCACUGUUACUGAGUACUACAUUAAUCAAAGCAGCAGCAGUCGAUGAUGACCUUGAGGGAAGUGCACAUAUGGAAAAUCCAGAUGACGAAGACUUUGAGGUAAUUAUAUCUUUACGGUUAUUAUCCUCUGACUUUAUGACUAAUUUUCACUUGGGCCAUCUUGAUUAUAGUUUUACUUUUGGAUCUCUAAUUCUAUUUGAAAUGAAUACGUCCAAAUUGUGCCUUCAAGCAGAAACUCGGAGACAUCAUUUUUUCAAAUUUAUCAUAAAGUUUUCUUAAAAACAAGAAAAAGCCCAUAACAAGACUUAUCAGGAACCCUAAAUUAUCAAUGAGAACACCCUUAAUCAUCGUAUUUUCACCAUUUCCGUCUAUGAUUCAUAACCAACAUUACAGGAGACAUCGGGAGUUCCACCGGAAAAGGUAGAACCCAAAUCCUCCCAAAUACAAAAGGUUAAUCCCUCACAAUCCCCGGACCUCGAGAAACGACCCACGCCGCCGCCCGCUAUAGUAACACCAGAAGACAAUGGCAACAAACAAACAGCCGGCUUUACAUUGGACGUCACGACGCUGGCCAUAUUGGCUGGUACCAUCUUGUUAGUGGUCCUAAUCAUUGUAGCCAUCGUUGUGUGCUGCAGAAAAAAAUCUGGUAAGAAAAAGUUAAAUUUAAUACACACCAAUUUAAAACUUUUCUUACAAAAAUCUCAACUUUAACUUAAAACAUGAUUAACUUCAAAUUCAGGAGCCGAGUACACUCGAGGCACUCCCUCAAACAAAGCAUACGUGUGA